AUGGAAGCCUCAAAGAUGCUACUAUUCUCCCCACUAUCAACCCCAAAGAUGCACAUAAUAACCCAUUCAACCCCCCAACUUAGAAGACCAAAAUCUCAUAAUCUAGGAUUCAAGAUAAAAAGCAUGGCAAAGGAAGGAAGUGACACAAACAUUAGCACAACAGAGAUAGCAGCAAUAGCAGGUGGUUUAAUCUCAACUCCAGUUAUAGGUUGGUCACUUUACACACUCAAAACAACUGGUUGUGGUCUUCCACCAGGACCAGGUGGAUCAAUUGGUGCAUUAGAAGGAAUAAGUUACCUUGUUGUUGUGGGAAUUGUUGGUUGGUCUUUAUAUACUAAAACAAAAACUGGUUCUGGUCUUCCUAAUGGUCCUUUUGGGUUAUUAGGUGCUGUUGAAGGGUUAUCAUAUUUAGCAUUGGUUGCAAUUAUUGUUGUUUUUGGUUUGCAGUAUUUUCAACAAGGUUACAUUCCUGGUCCUCUCCCUGCUGAUCAGUGCUUUGGCUAGAUUUUCUGUUUUGCCUUUGAUUUUUCAAUAGGAUAAUGUGAUUUGAGCCACUACUGUUGUAUCAUUGAAUUUGUGGAUGUGGUAGCUUCAUGUAUCUUAGCAAUAUCAUUUUUCACUCCUUUUGUUGUUAUUUAUGUAUUGCGUUAAUUAACAUAUUUUGUGUGUCAAA